AUGUCUACCUACCUCGUCACACAGGCGACCGGCGGACAAAGCCAAUGGGUCAUCACGCACCUCCUCGCCGCAUCCCUCAAAGUCCACGCCGUCGUCCGCAACACGCAAAAGGUCCCUCCGGUCCUAAAAAGCCCAGGCGUAACACUCUUCCAAGGCGAAAGCACUGACUUUGACGUGAUCCUCAAAGCAGCACAAGGCUGCAAGGCCGCAUUUCUAAACACCUUUCCCAUCCCAGGCCUCGAGGCUCAACAAGCAAAGACCAUCGUCGAGGCAUGCGAGAAAGCUGGUGUUGAAAGCAUCGUCGCAGCGACUACCUUCACCACGGGCAAGCGUGCCUUCUGGGAUGACGAAAAGACAGACGAGUGCCAGCUUCGCGAGUAUUUCGUCUCCAAGGCUCAGGUCGAGGACAUUGUGCGCGGGGGCAACUUCAAAGCAUAUACUAUUCUUCGACCGGCCAUUCUGCAUCAAGACUUCUUACUGCCGGGCGCGUAUCAGAACUACCCCAAGCUUCCGCAGGGAAUAUUGGACCAUGCAUUUAAUGAUGGUGUUAAAGCGCCGUUUACGGAUGCGCAGGACGUUGGGCGAUAUGCCGCGGCGGCUAUGCAGGAUCCCGCCAAGUUUGCUGGCCAGGAGAUUGAUCUUGCUACUGAAGCACUUACGAUGGAGGAGGCGCACGAUAUUCUUACGAAAGUGAGUGGUCGGGAGGUGGGACUGAGGAGGAAAACGCCAGAGGAAGAGGAGGAGGCGAAGGCUGCCAUAUUUGGUCAGCGGUUCCAACUUUUUGCGAAUGUGAAGGAUUUUAGUGCCCAUGUAGUUGUGGGUAAGGAGCUUGAGGAGAAGUUUGGGAUACCAUAUACGCCUCUUUUGGCGUCGUUGCAGAGGGAUAAGGCGAGGCUAUUGGAGUGUUUGCCUGCGUGA